CAUUUCUGCUCUGUCAGAAGACAGCGUCUGUCAAAGCUCACAUUUAAACUGUUGCCUUCCUGUGCAGUAGCAAAGGAGAAGUGGAAGCUGCAGAGGUUGGACCCUGUCACUGUCUUUCAGGUAGUCCGCUACUCUACAUGCUUCCUGGAGCUGCCUAGCAACACAGAGGAAGGGACCUAAUUUCCAGGAUUACACCCAGGAUAGUGGGACUGCUGCAUUCACACAGUAGCUAAACAGUCUGCUGCUCAGCAGUGCCACUGACGGAAUGGAUUCAGCAUGGAAAAUACAAGGCUUCAUUAUCUGACAAGAACAGCUGGCUACAAAGCAUCUUUUGUAGAAAACACCAAGUAGAAAAAUGUGAACAAAGUAAAGGCCACAGGGCUUUUGUUCCAAAGAGGCAAAUCAAGUGAGUAGAAAAAGAAGCAGAGGAACAUACACCGCGAUGAGCAGACAUAUGGGAAAAUUAAGCAGAGGAAGAAGGAGACUGUUGGGGGAUGUGCACAUGUUUGCAAUCAGCAUCUUUUCUGCUGGAGUGAUGGCGUGCCACAAUCUUAUUUGCAGCAGGAUAAACCUACUUGGACCAUAUAUGGCCUGAAAAUAAAGUUCCUACAAAAAGAUACAACAUAAACACUGGAAUGCCUGGGCUACAAAAAUUCUAACCAAGGAUUACACUGGCUUACAAAGUUCAAGAACCUAUGCUUGGUACCAUGUCUUCACGCAUGCACCUGCACUUUAGUUUCGAAAUUCUCUUGCAGCGGCUCAGUUUGGACAUGUUACUAAAGACGAACACUGAAAAAUAGCACUCCAUCUCAAAAGGGAAAACAUCCCACUUCACUUUUAACUUGCAAUCCAUUGCUGGAUAUGUAAACAUGAUUCAGUGGAGAAGACGUCACUGCUGCCUUGUAAAAAUAACAUGGAACGGAAAGCGCUCCCUCUUUCGCACCCAUCUCAUUGGGCUGUUCUCACUCGUGUUUCUAUUUGCAAUGUUUUUGCUCUUUAACCACCAUGACUGGCUGCCAGGCAGAGCAGGCUUUCGAGAGAAUCCAGUUGCAUACACUGUGCAAGGACUUCGGUCUCCGAAAAGUGAAACAAAUCAUAGUUCCCUGCGAAAUAUAUGGAAGGAACUGCCACUUCAAACUAUAAAGCCUCAGAAUUCUAAUUCCAACAACACUGAACUGUCACCUCAAGGAGUUACUGGAUUAGAGAACACACUCCGUGCAAACGGAAGCAUACAAAAUGACAAAGGUACAGGAUACCCCAUCCAACACCAUUAUCAAUAUAUCAUUAAUGAGCCAGACAAAUGCAAGGAUAAAAAUCCUUUUCUAAUACUAUUAAUUGCUGCUGAGCCAGGUCAAGUAGAAGCCAGACAAGCCAUAAGACAAACGUGGGGAAAUGAAAGUCUGGCACCAGGUAUUCGGAUUGUUCGUAUUUUUCUACUGGGCCUCAGCAGUAAGCAAAGUCGGUACCUUCAGCGUGCUAUAUCAGCAGAAAGCAAACAAUACCAUGACAUAAUUCAGCAGGAAUAUUAUGAUACAUAUUACAAUCUCACAAUUAAAACUCUCAUGGGUAUGAACUGGGUUGCAACUUUCUGUCCUCAUGUCUCAUAUGUGAUGAAAACAGAUAGCGAUAUGUUUGUUAACACUGAAUAUUUAAUAAACAAGCUUCUAAAACCUGAACUAGCUCCUCGACACAACUACUUUACUGGAUACCUGAUGCGAGGAUAUGCACCUAAUCGCAACAAAGACAGCAAAUGGUACAUGCCACCUGAACUGUACCCAAGUGAGCGUUACCCUGUAUUCUGCUCAGGAACUGGCUAUGUCUUCUCAGGAGAUCUGGCAGAGAAGAUAUUUAAAGUUUCACUAAGCAUCAGACGCUUGCACUUGGAGGAUGUGUAUGUUGGAAUCUGUCUAGCCAAGCUACGCAUCGAUCCUGUACCUCCGCCAAAUGAAUUUGUCUUCAAUCACUGGCGAGUUUCUUACUCCAGCUGUAAAUAUAGCCACCUAAUUACCUCCCAUCAGUUCCAGCCUAAUGACUUGAUUAAAUACUGGAACCACCUACAACAAAAUAAGCACAAUGCCUGUGCCAAUAUGGCAAAAGAGAAAAAUGGCAGGUAUCGCCAACGGAAACUGCACUAAAAGGACUCUAGCACUGUUGCAGAACAUUCAAAUGUGCAAUGUGUAAAUAUUAAUACAGCAUGUACAGUGGCAAUGGGUAAAAUGAAUGGAAGCAAAUCAUAUGGAGAAGGGAAAUUAUUUUUUUAAUAUUUAAUGCAUUUGUUGGGGAAGGGGAAAAGCAAUUUAUGGAAAAAGGGUCCACAUAACAAUGAAAAAACAGACAGUAAUACUGGAAUUUUCUGUGUUAUGUGCAAUAACAAGCAUGCACACUAUGGUGGUACAGUUGCUAUUUUAUGUGCCAAUAAAAUACAAUUAAGCAAAA